AUGUAUCAGUCUCCGAGCCAGAGCACGACCAGUCUCGAGGAUGCGGACGACCUGGACGUAUUCGUACCCGAACCCGCCGCCUUCGCGCGACAGAAUGCCUCGAGGCCGCUGGCAAGCGGGGCGUCGCCGCCGUCGAUGCUUCCGCCAGAACUAGUGAUCAACAUGCUCAAGUAUCUAACCUCGCCAAGAGAUAUUCACUCCUGUCUACUUGUAUGCCGAGCCUGGUGCUCGUGCUCAGUCGAGCUCCUCUGGCACAAGCCACUCUUGACGUCGCCGCGGGCCCUGCAAUCCCUCAUCAACGCACUCGCUCGCCCGGACGCCAGCUUCACAUAUGGACAGUUCAUCCGAAGGCUGAACCUGCUCUCGGUCCCCAAAGAAGUCAACGACUUGCAUCUGGCCAGACUGACUCGUUGCACCCGGCUCGAGCGACUAACGCUCGUCGGGUGCAGUGGGUUAUCGGAUGAUGCGGUAGCGAACUUGAUCGUGCAUUUACGAGACCUCGUCGCUGUCGACCUGUCUGGUGUGCAUCGCGCGUCGGACAAGACCGUCUACGCCCUCGCAGACAAUUGCCCGAAGCUCCAGGGAGUGAACUUGCAGGAUUGCAGCAAAGUUUCAUCGCGCGCGGUGCUGACUUUGGCCUACAACUGUCCGCUACUUCGGCGGGUCAAGCUCGGCGGUGUCGUUGAGCUUGAGAACGAGCCCGUACGCGCGAUCGCCGUCCAUGCGCCGCUCGUGCUCGAGAUAGACCUCGCGCAUUGCGCACGCGUCACAGAUCAUCCCGUUCGCGACGUUUGGACCCACUCGCACGCAAUGCGCGAGAUGCGGCUCACCGGAUGUAUCAAACUUACAGACGCUGCCUUCCCUGCACCUCCGCAUCGCGCACACGUAUCUGUCGCUGAUUUACCACCCGGAACAGUCCUCGACGGUUUACCGCCGCUCGUAAUUACGCGCCAACUGGACCAACUUCGUCUUCUUGACCUGUCCGGCUGUGAGAAGCUGACGGACGACGCUAUUGAAGGCAUCAUUGCAGCCGCGCCUCGCCUUCGCAACCUCGCCCUCACCAAGUGCAAGGCAAUAACGGACCGUGCGAUCGAGGCCAUCUGUGCGUUGGGCAAGAACCUGCAUUACAUCCAUCUUGGGCACUGUGCCAAUAUCACGGACCGGAGUGUGAAGAACCUUGCACGUUCAUGCACCCGCAUGCGCUAUAUCGACCUCGCCAAUUGUGGACGCCUUACGGAUAUGUCCGUGUUCGAGCUUAGCGCUCUCCCAAAGCUUCGACGUGUGGGUCUCGUACGAGUACCAAACCUCACAGAUGAAGCCAUUUACGCUCUUGGCGAACAAUACCAAUCGCUUGAACGCGUUCACCUCUCAUACUGCGACCAAAUCUCCGUCCUUGCCGUGCAUUUCCUCCUGCAGAAGCUUUCCAAGCUCAACCAUUUAUCGCUCACAGGCGUGCCUGCCUUCCGUAAGGCAGAGCUUCAGGCAUUCUGUCGCUCACCGCCGGCCGACUUCAAUACGCCGCAGCGCCAGGCAUUCUGCGUCUAUUCGGGUGAUGGCGUGAAGCGCCUUCGCGCCUACCUCCAGGACCUCUUCAACUCCAUCAACGAGAUCACCGAAGACGAGACCGAGACGCUAUCUGAACCUGCUACCGAUAUCCCUUCGAUCGACUUCCUCCCUGCCACAAUGGCCCAUGCCCCCGUCACUUGGGGUAACGAUGUCCAUCCCGGGUUCGGCACUGGAACCGUUUUUCACGGUGGCACACAGCUGGGUACGGGGUACGGCGCGCAUCAGAAUGGCCUCCCGCAAUUCGUCAACAUAGAGGAUGACGAAGACCCAGAGGACGUAGACGACUCGGCCCACACUCUUCGUCUGAGCGCAGAGGAUGAGGACGAAGAUGUCCCGCCGGGCCCACCUGACACACCGCUUGUGCCAGCGUAUAUACCCAGUGGCCCCGCAUCGCGACGAACUGGGACUAGUGCCAGCUUCGCGGCCGGCCCGAGUUACAGCCAUCUCAACCCGCACCCGCAGCAUGUUCACCAUACCCAUGCGCACCAUCCGUACCAGCACCCCUCGAGUUCUCGGCACCGCGAUCGUGCGAGUCCGGUACCGAGUGACGGCUCCGGCUCAGCAGGCGCCUUCUUCCGUACCUUUGCGGGGUCGGUUGAUAACCCAGAGGAGCGUGAUAGGCAUGGCGCGCUUACACCGGAGCUCGUAUUCGCUGAAAUUGGACAUGGGCGUGGUGUGCCAUAUCCAUUCCCGGGUGGCAGUGGGGUAUACCAUACGAGUCAACCUGGUGGAAGUGGAAGUGGGAGUGGAGGCGUGGCUCGGGCGUCUGAAGGGAAUGGAGACAGGAUCAGGAUGCGACCUGAGCCUAGCCCUCGUACGUUGAGCGCAAGCGGGAGCGAACCGGGCGACACCGUCACCUAUCCAUACCAUCCGAUGCAACGGACUGGUGAGCGGGACACUCGCCGUCCACGUACAGCAAGUCGGAGCGGGCCUCCAGCUGCCAAUGGUUCUGUGCAUACGAGCGCUUACGGAAGUGCAAAUGGUGCAGCUGCACAUAGCUACCCAAGCGUCAUUGGUGCUGCACAUGACUAUGCCAAUGGGACCGGGAACGGUUACGCCAAUGGCUCGGCGCAUGUCUAUGCCUCCACAUCUGCAUCUGCUCCCACAUCCGGCACUGCGAGCCAGGUCCACCCGCACCGUGCAAGCAUGCCAGUGCUUGUAUCCGGUGGACAGAGCAAUGGUGUAGAACGUGGGCGUACGCUGGGCGUGAAAGGCGUCGGCGAGCCAGGAGGGUCUGGCAACAGCGUACCCAGCUCUGCCGAGCCCAGCUCAAAUGUAGGAAGCUCCGGUGAAGGUCGCGGAGCAGUGAAACGUGCUUUUCGGAACACCUUCAACGCGCUCGAGGGAAGCUUCUUUUUUGGCGGGCGGGGUAGUGGAGGCGACCGCGAGGAUAGCGCCCGCUGA